CUAUGACAGAAUUCGCAACUGGCUGUUGCGAGUUGUGUGCAACCCUGCAUUCCGCGCAGUCGUCGCAGAGGUCGCCACGCCACGAACCCUAGUUCCGGGCUCGUUCAUUAUGAGCCAGCCCUGUAACGAGACCUGCAUUCUGCAAGGUAGCUCUGCACAGUAAUAGGUGCAUCACUACCAGCACCUGCAUAGCCCACUCAGCCGCUGCGACUUGAAUGUUUAUGCUGGCGCAAGUGUCGCGUGCAAUCAACGACAACAGCGACGCUGCAUAAUACUAAAAUCCUGAAAAUCCUGAAAGCUUAUAGAUACUGCCCUUCCACCGUUCAGCUUUGCUCGGGAUGCAGCCGUCACAAGUCGCGUUUCAGGCGCUGGACUAUGCUCAACAACUGAAAGUUUCUAUAGAGGCGGAUGCGCAGCGAAAAUCGGAUCCGGGGCUGCGGGUCCCUGCGGACUACGCGUUUGCACUGCUGGCACUGCUCGCUGCGGGUGGCCUAGUGCUGGGCAGCAUCGCGUUGGGCUGGUGGGUUCUGUGGCGCACCACACUGCACAAGAUGGGCCCCUUCCGCGACCUCAUGGGAUUGAACAAGGCGGCGAAGGCGGACGCCAAGCAGCGGGCUGCGGCAGAGAUCCGGGCGCUCAAGGUACGCACGUGAGCCGCGUGGCGGCUUGGUGGCAGGCAGUGUUUGUCGGGUCAUGGGGUGGCCAUGUGGUAAUUGCCGCAUUCCGCUUGUCGCGUGUUGCGCCGUGUGCCACGCGGUGGCGCCAAUGAGGAACUUAGCCUAGAUUGAAGCGUGCACCUGCUGGCAGGCACUAGGGUGUUACAAAACCGUGGGGCU